AUGUCAGUUUGUCAAUAUUAUUUACGCGGUAAUUGUCGAUAUGGAGAUCGAUGUCGACUACCACAUGUAAAUAAUCAAUAUGACCAACCGUAUCGACAUCGUGGUCCUCGUUCCCAAUUCAAUGGAGGCCACAAUUAUAGAACACCACAUUCCGGUCCUGUAAAUCAUCAUCAUGAAAACACUGCUAUACCUCAUCAGCAGCCUCGACGAGAUUCUCCUGUUAUACAAUGGAUUCGUGAUAAUUUCACAAAUAAAGACAAGACAAUAGAUAUCUUAAUUGAAAUAAAAGCAGAAGCACAAAUAUGGCAAAAAUCAGCUGAUUUCUGGCGAUUUACAUCUAGAAGGCUAUUUCCCUGUGGACAUUUAUUAGAAGAUUGGAUUGAUCAAUCAUUUGAAGAACUAAAAUGGACACAUCGAUGUAUGGUGCAUGAGAAUAAAGAGCACAUCUAUAAAAAAGCUUAUUUUGAUUAUUGGGAAAAGACUGAACGUCAACUUAUUGGAUUGAUAAAACUUGAUCUUGAAAUACUGAAGCCACUUAAACCAUACAUCGAAGAAUAUAUUCGUAGCAAGUAUCAGCCAUCGAAAACGCUCUCAACUGAUAUUCGAAUGAGAGAUGUUAACGAUAGUAGAACGUCGACUUCGUCUUUUCGUGCGCCAGAAACAAACUACACUCCAAGCGAUCAAAUUCUCGAAGAAGAACGUGCUGCUUUUGAAAGUGAUGCAUUUGAAUUCGGACAAAUACCUACGCAUGCUCCUCCACAACAAUUUUGUUAG